AUGCUACAAUCCAGUUCCUGCAUUUCAGUUUGUCCUUACACGGUGAAACAACCUUCUUUCCUAAGAGCCCAGCACCGUAUCUCCUUCAAUCUCUCCUCUGAUCGUAUCGCCGUUCGCGGUGGUGGUGAUGGUGUCACCGCCGUCUCCUCCUCCUCCCGCCUCCGUGAACUCGUUUUCGUCGUAAACCCUCAAGGAGCUAAUGGUAGAACAGCUAAAGAAUGGAAAAAGUUGCUUCCUUACCUUCGAUCUCGUCUUGGUAAAGACUGUAAUAUAUGUGAAUCCUUAACCUCGGGUCCUUCUCAUGCCAUUGACAUUACAAGAGAGGCUAUAAGGGAUGGUGCAGAUGCUGUAAUUGCGGUAGGAGGUGAUGGAACGCUUCAUGAGGUAGUUAAUGGAUUCUUUUGGGAGGGAAAACCUGUCGCGAGUCUCAAUGGUGAAGCUAGUCAUUCGGCUGCACUUGGUCUGAUUCCCUUAGGUACUGGCUCGGAUUUUGCGAGAACAUUUGGUUGGAAAAAUGAUCCUUGUGAAGCGGUGGAGCGCAUUGCUAAAGGGAUACGAUCACGGGUUGAUGUUGGUGUUAUUGGCCAGGACGGGAAGGAUUUGCAUUACUUCAUUAACGUUGCUGAUCUUCAUUUGAGCGCAAAGGCAGGUUUUUACGCUUCAAAGUACAAGAAAUUUGGAAACUUAUGCUACGUUAUCGGUGCCCUCCAAGCUUUUAUGGGACAUCACAACCGAGAUAUGAGAAUCAGGGUCAAUGGAGGUGAAUGGGAAAUGUAUCCUCAAGUCACCGCUCUCUGCGUUGGAAACGCAAAAUACUUUGGUGGUGGAAUGAAAAUCACACCCAACGCCGUCCCUGGAAAUGGAAAUCUUGAGGUUGUGGUUCUUCAAGACUUCAAGUGGUACGAUUUCAUACUGAAACUUCAUAAGCUAUACAACGGAACACAUCUCUCGGUUAACAAUGUGAGCUCAAGAAGUGUACAAAGUAUCGAAGUGCAGGAGAUUUCAGACAGUGGAAGUAUCUAUGUUCAAUCUGAUGGAGAACAUCUUGGAUUUCUACCUAGAAAGUUUCGGGUUUUACCCCGUGCCAUCGACAUGAUCAGCUGA